CCACCUACCGUCACCGUGGACCACUUCGAAUACAAGCCCAAUCACGACCCCAACGAGUCCCCUCCUGGCCCUUCCGUCUCUGAAAUUCUCCCGCUCACCAAACACCAAAUCAGCACCCUAAAACAACCCAAACACCCCCAGAACGGCCACAAAGUUAAAGAACUGUCCACAUUCCGCGCUGUCUCCGCGCACAUUUGGAGGUCCGCGUGCAUUGCACGCAACCUCGCGCCCGACCAAGACACGAGGUUCUACACGGUCGCCAACGUUCGGUCGAAGCUGAACCCCCCGCUGCCAGAAGGAUACUUCGGCAAUGCGAUUGUGCGUACGUCGGAGGGUACGAAGGCCGGAGAGAUUAUGUCGAAGCCGCUGGAGUUUGCCGGAGAGAAAGUAGGGAGGGCGUUGGCGAAGGUGAAUGAUGAGUAUAUUCGAUCGUUGAUCGACUAUUUUGAAUUGGGGAACGACGGCAAAGGAUGGUCGUUGAGGGAGUCGGAUUUGUAUGCUGUGAGUUGGCUCGGGAUGCCAAUAUAUGAUGCUGAUUUUGGAUGGGGGAAGCCGGAGUUCAUGGGGAGAGCUAAUACUUUGUGUGGGAGGGGAGUUGCUUAUUUGUUGAGUAGUAAGGAGAAUGAUGGGGGGAUCAGCGUUGUUAUGGAGAUGGAGGUUGAGAAUAUGGAGGGAUUCAAGAAGGCAUUUUAUGAAGGAUUGAAGUAAGAUUAAUGGGAGAGUGUAAUAUUAUUUGUUUGUAUGUGAGUUUAGAAUUGUUGAUGGUAUACUUAAACAUGUUAUAGUUUUGUAUGGCAAAUUGUUUGCCUAAAUGGUAUCAUACUGGUUUUAUGAUCAAACUGAAGUAAGAAUUUUUGUAAAAUUAAGUGGCAGUACUAAUUGCAUAAAAGCCACUUCCAAUCAAGAUCUUAGAUAUUAUAAUUUUA